AUGUUGGAGGAUAAAGGUGGCACUAAAUACAGUAGUGACGUUCAGCUUGUUCAGUAUUUUGCACUACCGUACGUUGCUGAACCUGAAAAACAUCCUGUUUUUAAAGAACUUAUUCAAAAGAAAUGGGCCAAAAGUCUUUUUGAAAAUUUAAGUGUAUUUUUGGCAAAUUAUGCAAUAAAUAUAAAUGAAACUGAAAAUGUUUUAUUGGAAAAAUGGAUGACAACUUAUCGAUUACAGUAUAGCGAAUUGUUGGAAAGAAAAUGUCGCAAAUUGCAAUAUGAUUACAAUCGGAUUGUUGAUAUUGUCAAUGAAAUGUUUGAUUAUGUGGAGCAGUUAAAUCAAGAAGUGGGAGUAAUUCAACUGUCACCUGAAUAUAUUAUGGAAAUGAAGGCGCGUUUUGCAGAUGUAACAGCGGAUGCAGAGCAACAUAUGCAAGGAAGUGGAACAGUGGUAAAAGGAAAUGGAAUAUUGGAUAAAAAGCGUGAUAGACUUAAAAAAUCGAAUGCAAAUAUUAAAAAGAAGAAUAAAGUGACGAUGAAAAAUGACGAUUCAGUUGGACAUUUGGCGCCAAUUGUUCGGUCUCAAUCACUUAUCAAAUUGAAUGAGGCGAAGGAAGAGGAGGAAGUGAUAAUGGAUGAUAUAACUGGAAGACUCAAUUAUACCAAAAUUGGAAAUUGUUUGAUCAAAAGUGCUUCAGGAAGGCUUAGUUGUCUUUUACUGCAAGCUUUACGUCAGCGCAUAACACGAAUACCAAUUGAAAGUGCUGAACAAGUAUUGGCGGUUUAUGCAGCCAAUGAUUUGUUGUUAUUGAAACAUUUGAAAAAUAGUGUAGUAAGUGUGAUUACAUCACAAGGUGAUAAUGGAAAUGAUACGAAAGAAGAAUUGUGCCGCUUACUGAAUUCAAUUGCAUCAUUUAAUCUUGGCCGAAAUUAUCUCCUGACUAAUAAUCAGGGAAAAGAAUUAAUUGCAACAUUAACAACGGCUUUAAAGGCCAAAAAAUUACAUCAUUUUGCUGGUGAACAAGUUCUGGCUGCACUUCAAAAGCUUAGUAUAAGAUCAUCAGUCCAAAAGGAACUCAUAAAACUAGGUAUGGUUGAAUGGUUGUCAAUAUAUCUUGGUGGUAAAUUAAGUCCAACAGCGCUUGAUUAUGGCUGUGCACUAUUGUUAAAUUUAUGCUUAGAUCCAUCUGGCAGAUCAGCAGCUUCAAGAGUAGCCGCAAUUUUUACGACAACAAUAGCAAAUUUGAUAUCUGAUCAUAAAUUACAGGUAUGCACAUACAUUAACGGUAUACUGUUCACAAUACUCGGUACAGCACAAAUAAAAGCACGAGUGAAAGAGAUCAAUUUGGUUAAUACUGUCAAGGAGAAAUUGAACAACCAUCAUUGCAAGGAUGACGAGAAUCAGCUACCCAUUAUUUACAAAAUUCUUAACGGCGGUAAGAGUUAA